AUUGCGGUGUAUGGUGAAGAAGUGGAUGGUAUAUCGGUCGGUUGGUCGCUGGAGACUCUUUCGCAUGGGUUCUCCAUGAGGUUCUUUUCCAUUUUAUUUUCAGUGUGUCUCUCGAGUGCGAUGAACGUGGAUCAAGAUCCACAAUCAACUUGUGCUCCUCUCCCAAUGAAGAAUUCACCGUGAUCUUGGAUUAUCAGAGUUAUUCAAAGUGCAAGAUAAUUUUAAUAAAAGACUAAAGUGCAGAGUUUUAGUGCAACUUUUCGCUUUUAUUCAACAAAACCGAAGUGGAUGAGGACCUGAGGGAGAAUUUUUUUUAGUGAAAUACAGUGAACAAUAAGUUAAAAUUAUUUUUAGUCGAACAAAAAAAAAUAGUAAACAGGAAUAUCUUUCAAUGGAUUGGCAGAGGAGUUGUUUUCUUAUCUCUUUUGUGAUCAUUUGGUGUGUGUCUGCAGAGGAGGAGGUCAGACUUCUUGGUAGCCAGUGCCAGCACGACAUGGACUGUUCUGAUGCCAUCGCUGCCAGUUUCUGCAAUCAGAACAACGAAUGCGAGUGCAGAGAGGAGUUUGUCCAAUUCAACAGCACUCAAUGUCUCAAUGCUCUAUUGCUGGGUAGCGAGUGUCUGCUGGAGGCGCAAUGUACCAAGAAAGUCACCAACAGUGGCUGUUCAGAUGGAAUCUGUCGAUGCUCUGAGGGAUUCCUCCAGUUUAGACGACACACUUGUUUAUCUCCUGCCCCUCCUGGAACUGUCUGCUACAGCAAUGAGCACUGCAGAAUGUGGGACAAGAGGAGCUUCUGUGACUUCUUGAUACCCAAUCUCUUCGGGCGGUGUCAAUGCCAGAAUCCUGCUCGACUGGAAGGAAAUGUCUGUAUUGCUCCGGAAGAGGAAGUAACAACACAGGAACCUUUAGAGGCAACGGAAGAACCAGAAGACCUUCCAGAAUCAGCACCUCUCAAGCAAGAAAGCCCCACCGAAGAGAGCCAAAGCAACGAGGCUAAAGAAUCCUUCGAUGAUGAAACUGAAGAGGCUACAAAUACUCCUGCGGCAAUUUACGAAGCCAGGAAGGAUUCCUCAGCAUCCAGUGAAGAAAUCCAGCAUCUCCUUAAAACUCACAGUGUACGAGGUAGAAUUGAUUUAGGCCAUGGACCAGUAUCACUUGGACAUCCCUGUUCGGAUGACCAACAGUGUCAACUUGCGGAUACCUUUAGUUUCUGCAACAAAGCUGGAAGAUGUGACUGUGCAAAGAUUGAGGGGCUUCAAGAGGAGUGUCAUGCAAAUAAAACAGGAUGCACUGCCGGAACGUUUCAGUGCCGCUCGAGUGGAAUCUGCAUCUCAUGGUAUUUCGUCUGUGACGGUCGACCGGAUUGUGCGGAUGCAUCAGAUGAGGAAUGCAAAGCCACAGAAACAUCCCAGUGUCCCCCACAAACGUUCUUCUGCCAUCGCAGUUCCAAGUGCAUCUCCCGUGGUGCUCGAUGCGAUGGACGUCGACAGUGUCCGGACGGUGAGGAUGAGGCAGACUGCAGUUCCAUCGCCACUGGACAGUGUCCUCAAGGGACCUUUAGGUGUCGCAGUGGCGAAUGCCUCCCGGAAUAUGAGUACUGCAACUCAAUUGUCUCAUGCCGAGACGGAAGCGAUGAGCCAGCCUAUCUUUGUGGCUCUCGCGAGAUGCCAGCAAUCUUCUUCAGACUCCUGAGCAGCUUUGAGAAUGUCUACUGCCCUCUGAGGUGCCGAAAUGGACGAUGUAGAUCUACAGCAAUUGCCUGUUCUGGACGCAAUGGAUGCGGAGAUGGCACAGAUGAGGAAUCAUGCUCAGUAUGUCACUGCUCUAAUCCAAACACAAUCUGAUUCUCCUCUCAAAGAACCUCAAAACCAGCCCUGUAAAUAGAAAAGCUUUCUCUUCGUGACGUCACCGUGGAUUCUAGAGGUGACUCCCCUAGUGUGUAAAAAUAAAGGACAAAUAUUUAGGAA